GUCUCUUUGUUAUUGUUAUAAUGGCGCGUUGCCUGCACGUUUACGUAUAAUCUGUAUUUUGCGACUGAAUUUAAGUGAGUGCCUCCAUUUCCACGAUGCCGAUCGCCCGGAACGUGUGCAGACUGUGCUUGUCUACUAAAGAACUCGUUCUCGUGUUCGACGAAAGGUUGAACCAGAAAAUUGAUAUGAAAAAUGUGAUAUUUUUAACUACCGGAGUCGAGAUAUUAGAUACCGACUUAAUUUCACAAAAAAUAUGCUCAACAUGUCAACAAGUAACAGAAAAAGUCCACCAGUUCCGACAAAGAGCUCAAAAGACUGAUAAAUUUUUGAAAGAUCAAUUAUGUGAAGAAAUCAAGAAAAUUCCCGACCGUAAAGUUACUGCAAAAGUUUCUAACGCUGAUGCCAUUACAAGCAUAGGUGCAAACACGGAGAAAAAGUCUCCAAUAUCCGAGAAGAAACUUCCCGUCAUUGCAACUACAAGCGUAAAUGAGAUUAAUAAUAAACCCGAUCGUCCUCAAGUAGAAAUAGAAUGUCUAGAUAUCCAAGAAGUUACAUCUAAAAGUGAUGUUCCUGUGGCAGACGAGAAGAAUGUUGAAGCGCCAUCAACACCAUGCGUACAAAAAGAUGGAAGUUCUUCAGAAACACCAAGUGAUUUGUUGGAUAUCAAUCCAUCAUCGUCGCCCUCGAGAAGUGAAGAAACUGAGGAAGAACCGAUCCAAUGGGCCUCGAAAGAUGUCGCGGACAAUUCGACAAAUACCAAGGUAACCGUCGACGAUAGUGUAAAAAAUUUAUUUUCGAAACAUCCAAAUUUGAAGUUGCCGAAUUUCGCUUUGAACUAUAACUAUCAUCCUUUCGUUAGUUUGGAAAUUGAUUUCGUUGAGGAGUAUUUUCAACGGAAUAACUUGAACAUGAGCAAGCAGGUGAAAUGUAGCAUAAAAAAUUACAAAAAAAGUCUGAAACAAAUUGCGAAUGAUAGCGAAACGACACCUCGCGUUUGCGAUAACCCGGUCAAAAAACCUAAAAAAUCUAAAUCUAAACAUAAAAAAAGCGAUGAAAGUAGUAAAAUGCAGCAAUCACUUGAAGAACUCGCCACUAAGCAGGACGAUGUAGAGUCUCCGACUUUAAUGGAUACCCUGAAGCUUUUGCCAAAGGAAAAUGUUAUAAGAUGUAAUAUCUGCAAUUUACCGCUUUCAGACGAAGAUUCAUUGGUUUUGCAUAAAAAACAGCAUUUGCAAUGUCCCUCUUGUAAAACGGAAUUCGAUUCUUUAGCUAGUCGAAACGAACACGACAACCAGUGUCUUGUUAAAAGAUGCUUGGAUUCAGAAGUAACUGUAGAUUUAACGAGAUUAGAUCGUAAGAAACUUGAUAAAUAUUCGAAUGAAACUAUAGAAAUAUCGGAUGAUGAAGCCGUACCAACACCAUCAAUUCCAGUUGAAACUGUAUCAAAUCAAUAUCGCAGUAGUACUAGCAUAAUACGACCUGUUGUUGAAAUUUCUGAUAAUAACCUGUUAACAAAUCUUGAUUCUUCUGUUCACGAAAGUAUCUUACUAAAAGAGUUGGUUAAGAAUAUUAAAAAAAAAUCAAUAUCGCAUUCCACCCCAUUUCAACAUUCCAGUCCCCCCGUUGUGGAACAUACCAAACAGAAAACUGCGAAAAUAAAAAGUUUAGUUUCCCUACUAAAUAAUUACAAUAGAGUUCCAGUUGAGGUCAAGAGAGGCAAAUUCUCCGUCUCUUUUGUCGCAACCAAAAAUAUUCCUAAAAAACGAAAGGUAUUUAAUAUUUCUUCUGAACCAAUCGACGUCAAAUCCAACAAAUUUUUUAAUGCAAACAACUUUCGUCAACGCGUUAAAACCGGAAUUUGUUUAUUUGCGAAGGAAUUUAAACAAUUAUCCAAUGAGAAACGGACAAACGACUCAGAAAGCCCCAACAAAACUGCCUUUUGUAAUACACCAAAUAAAAGAAGCGGGACAAUGCGAACUUAUUCCACUAAAAAAAUUAAAACUCAAAAUAAUAGCAUUCCGGUCGAUUCUGUUACAACAACAAACGUCCAAUCUCCCAGUUUGCCUGUGAAAAACAACCAAACCUUAACACCUGCUAAAGAUACUUCAACAAAUAAUGUUGUUGUUGAGCAAAUUCCAAUGUGUCCAGAAACUAUCGAUUUAACAGUUUCUGAAAAAGCUUGUGAUAUAUUCCAAAGGUCUCCCGUUUCGAUAAAAAUCACUGAAAACGAAUUUGAUAGAUUCCAAAGAUCUGCUAUUGCAUCGAAACAAAUCACUGAAAAUGAUUUUGAUAGAUUCCAAAGUGUAUCUUCUGUAGAAGCAAAUUAUAUUUCGCUGAAUAAUGUGGAAGCUCCACAAAUCCAAAAACCGUCAUCCCUUAAACCUCUCAAUGAUAGCAAAUUAUCACCUAAGGCUCGAACUGAAAUUGAAAAUAAAUUAGCUAAAAUUGUUGAAACAAAUUAUAAUACUAAAAUAAAGCCAAUAUUUAAUAAUCGUUCCGCACCAAAAGUGUAUAAAAAGAAGCAAUCAAAUAAAUCUCAAAUUCCUGAUAAUGCUGUUUCUUCCGAGGUCUUUCAACCGAAAGUUACCUCGAACAUUCCUGUACCAUCAAACAUUCAUUUUCAAUCCCCUACCAAUAAUAGCCCUAAUUGUAAACCGAAAUCUAAGACUAAUAUUUUAAAGACUAUUUUAAACGAAUCUCAUAUUUCUCAGAAACAAUCUCAACCAGGAGUUUCUACAACUAGUCAUGACAUUGUAGAAUUAAACAAAAUUACAUCUAAAGAAACCACCAAACAAGGACCAAAAAUGAAUAGUCAAUCCUUGCCUAUUAAUAAACCAAAAAUGAAAAACAAAAUUCAUUUUAAUAAACUUCAAUUGCCUGCUAAAUCUUCCAAACCAACCCAACAACAAGUUUCGCCAAACAGUAUAAAUUCUCAUGUAUCUCAAAAUGCUGCUAUGCCACAAAUUUCAACAUCAACUGACUCAAAUGUAUUAAAUCUAUCCCAAAUGUCUGCAAAUACGAUAACCAAAAAUCAAUCUAAUUUACUACAAUUGCCUGCUAAAUAUUCCAAACCUCCAUCACAAGCUUCGUCAAACAGCAUAAAUUCUCAUGUGUCUCAAAAUACUGCCAUGCCACAAACUUCAACAUCAACCGACUCAAAUGUCUUAAAUCUAUCCCAACGGUCUACAAAUACGAUUACCAAAAAUCAAUCUAAUUUACUUCAAUUGCCUGGUAAAUCAUCCAAACCAUCUCCACCACAAGCUCCGUCAAACAGCAUAAAUUCUCAAAAUACUGCCAUGCCACAAAUUUCAACAACUGAUUCAAAUCUACCCCAAAUGUCUGCAAAUGCUACAACUUCCACAGCAGCAGCUGCGCCAAGUCCUUAUAUAGCACAAUUUAAUACUUGGAUCCUUAAUAAUUAUCAAAAUUUUGGCGUCACUGUAAAUACACCACAAUAUUUGGUUCCAACAUAUCCUACUAUACCUCAAAAUACUAAUCAAAACUUUAAUGUUAAUGCUGCUAGUACGCUUCAAACAAAUUCUCCCACUUACCCCUGUUAUCGACAAAUUAAUGAUACUGGUUCCGUCGUUACCCAAAACCAUUUAAAUUACAUGCCACAAACUAUUCAGGCAUUCCCUACGAAAUCUCCAAAUGUUAUGAAUCAACCUGUUUCUACUCAUCACAGACAUCCUCCUCCUUACAUUCUUCUAAAGGCGCCUAAUGCUGAUAAAGCUAGUAAAAAACCACCUCCAUAUCCAUCCUGUAGUGGUCCUUCAAAUAGCGUUAGAGCAUCUGGAAUGUCGCAGAUCAAUUCGAGCAAUCUACCACAAAGUACCCCAAAUUCUCUGCCGACUUUAUCUAACUUAUCUCAAACCACGAUUCAACCUGUUUACACCGGUGUUAAUACCCAAAACAGAGGAGCAAUUCCGAAUUUGUCCACUUCUUCCACUUCUCAAAAUAAUCGUCGUUAUCUAAACCUUAAUGAUAGGGAACAUCAGUAUAAUCAAACCGCUCCAAAAGAUCCUAAUCUAAUCCGUUCGAAAUUCAAAGUAUUGGUCGUUCCAAAUCAAACUAACAUAUCGAUUGCCAAUGAACAAGAUAGUGUUAGAGCAACCCAAGCUUCUACAUCAAGUACUAUAACAACUGCUAACGAACAGCAGAGAGUUAGAGCAGCCCAAUCUUCUGCAUCAAUUACUAUAUCAACUGUUAAUGAACAGCAGAGAAUUAGAGCCGCCCAAACUUCUGCAUCAAGUACUAUAACAACUGCUAAUGAACAGCAGAUAGUUAGAGCAGCCCAAUCUUCUGCGUCAAUUACUAUAUCACCUGUUAAUGAACAGCAGAGAGUUAGAGCAGCUGAAACUUCUGCAUCAGUUACUAUAUCAACUGUUAAUGAACAGCAGAGAGCAGCUGAAAUUUCUCCAUCGAGGACUACUAUCAGUUUAGAAACUGAAUUGCCGAAACUUACUCCAAUUGCUCAAAUGUUUCGGCAGACAAAAAAUUGCAAACGUGUACAGAAGAAUCAAAGUUUGUCGGAUUUCACGAAAAGUACGACUUGGUCUAAUAAUACUAGUUUACAGUAUAAUUUUGUAGAUAACCGAGUAGAUGGAACUACAAUAAAUAAAAACGGUACUUAUAAUAGUAGUAUUAAUGAGGGGCAAAAAAAUACAACAUUCCUUAGGGUUAAAAAUCUUCAAGAUUUAAAAUAAAUUAUUUAUUAUUGCAUUGUUUCGAUUAUUGUAGUUUCAUAACUCGUACAUGAUAAAUAGAUAUAAUUAUUUUGCUAUGAUGUUCAUGAUGAAAAGUUUUCAUAAGAUAAAACGAGUUAUUUAUUGUUUUGACUUCAUUAUUGUACUUAUGUAUAAAUGUUAAAAUGAAUUUAUAUUGUUCAAUGUUGUAACAUUGACUUCAUAGAAAUAAGUUAUAACUAAGACAGUUAUAGCUUAUUCUUCAAAAGCGUUUGUGAAGGCUUCGUAGAAUAAGUCAACAAAAAUUGUAUAUUUGUUAUUUGCUAUUGUUAAAAUUAGGAAUUAAAAUGUUCAAUAUAAGGUUUAAAUAAAACUAUGUUUCUUUAGGUUCUCUAACAUGUUAAUUUUUUUGGGUAUUGAAAAGAGGUUUAAUUAUUGUGCUUGUAAUCUGUCAGAUUACCGAUGAAUAAAUUGUUUAUUUCAUUUUUUUUUUCAUAAACAUUACAAAUUUAUCAAAGCCGAAUUAAAUAUAUUUUCUACAUUUUGUGGCGUUUUAUUUCACACUAAAUUUUUGACAAAAAUAAACAAUUU